UUUUCACUCGAUUGCGUUCAACUUUUGACAGAUACAUUUAUAUUUUCAUUUCAUUGUCACAUUUCUGCAAAAUUUUAGUAAUAUUGUUCCAAUUUUUCCAAAUAAUUACAAGAAACCAAAUACCCAACAUAUUUUUAAAACAAAACCAAUAAUUUAGCAAAAAUGACUCAACGACUGUUUUGUACAGACGAUCCACAAGGAGUAAAUCAAAGACGAAAUCAAUCAAAUCCAGGAGUUCGAUUUGAAAUAUGCCCUGAGCAACCUAUACAGUAUCAAUCACAGCAAAUGGGAGAAGUACGUAAUAAUAAUCAAAGAAAUGGAGAUCUAAGGACUCCAUGCUCGUCAUUGUAUAACGACUUUAUAGAGGAUGGUGCUCAAAUAGUAGAUAUUGCACCUUGUCCAGAUCCGCAAUUCCAUAGAGGCCCAACAGUAACAUUGAAUGUUGUGCCAUUGAAUCAACAGUUUAGAGAUAAAAAUAAUAAUGAUGAAUGCAGGCAACUCAUAAGAGAAAGAGAGGAGAGAUGGAGAAAUCGAAUAGUCGCAGCAGACAACAUAAUUCCUCCCGACUAUGUAUGCCCACAUUUGGAUACCAGUCCUCUGGAUGACGCAGUAUUGAUGUCUUAUAUGGAUAACGAUCAUUUCGAAGUUUUGGUCGACCAUUCUGCGGUCUUAUUGCACGAUUUUGCUUUACCUGCUGAUUUUUAUGGAGAUGUCGAAGAGCUCUUUAAUUGCUGUGAUAAGAGAUAAACCUUGAUGGAAUGCAUAAAAUUAUAAUUACAUAUAUUUUUUAUUGUU